UCAUUCUGAUGCAGGACAACGCACCAUCCCAGAAGUUGGUCUUUAGAUGCUGUUUUGCCCAUUCCAACUGCUUUUCUUUGUGGUUUUUGUUGAGUGGAGGCUGUUUGGGUGAUUUCUUGACUGUUCCGUACUCUCUUAGGAUGCGGCAUCUGGUACUUAUAGGAACUUCAGCUCCAUUCCCGGGCAGCUGCCGUCCUGCUACCCGACCAGACCUGCUCCUCCUCCGGCCUCCGGACCUCCAGCAGCUCCGGGAUAAGCUCUGGUCCUCCUCCUCGGAUCCUCCGGGACUCGCAGACACCUGCAGCCGGAGGAGGCCUCGUGAGAGCGGCCCACUGUCCGCUGAGGAUCCGCUGGUUCUCGUCCUUCAUCCGGCGGCAGCAGAGACGAUGUUGAGGCCAAAAGCAGGCGCUGCGACACGGAUGAUCUGAGAGCCCGGAGCCGAUGGAUGGAGGAGAUUUUUACCCGGUAAAGACGGAGGGAAGCUGCAGGGAUGCUCCGGGCCUCUCGGCUGCAGCAGCAUAGCGAUGGUUUAUGCAGAGUCCUCGAACACAGUCGGUGUCAACCCGUCCCUCGACUCUCCAUCGUUCACCUAUCAGAUGUCAUUUAACUACUCCAAGAGAGGAAACUCUACUGUCCUGGCAACCUUACCCACAACCCUCGUCUGCAGCCUCGAGGGCUCGUCCUCUGGCCAGCCCAACGCCACCUCCGCCUCCUACGAGCUGACUUCAGGUGAGGUGGCUGUCCUGAGCCUGGUGUUUGGGGUUCUGUGGCUGGUCUCCAUCCUGGGAAAUGCCCUCGUCUGCCUGGUCAUCCACCGCAGCCGGCGGACUCAGUCCACCACCAACUACUUUGUGGUGUCCAUGGCUUGUGCUGACCUGCUCAUGAGCCUCAGUUGCGCCCCGUUUGUCCUCCUCCAGGUCGCUGCUGGUCGCUGGCCGCUGAGUGCCACCGCCUGCAAGGCUGUACGUUACCUGCAGCACCUGUGUCCGGGUGUGCAGGUCUAUGUCCUGCUUUCCAUCUCUGUGGACCGAUUCUAUACGAUUGUCUACCCACUGAGCUUCAAGGUAUCCAGAGAAAAGGCCAAGAAGAUGAUCGUGGCCUCGUGGCUGUUUGACGCAGCCUUUGUGUCGCCCUGCUUCUUCUUCUAUGGAUCCACAUCCACAGACAGUCACUGCGACUUCUUCCUCCCGGACAGCUGGGGCAGUAUAGCGUAUGCUGCCGUCCACCUCCUGUUUGGGUUUCUGGUGCCGGUGGCCUUGAUCUUGUACUUCUACCAGCGGGUGGUCCGCUACAUCUGGAGGAUCAGCGCCGAUGGCCAUACGGUGCGCCGGACGAUGAACAUCGUCCCACGGACUAAAGUCAAGACCAUCAAGAUGUUCCUCAUGCUCAACUCGGUCUUCUUCCUCACCUGGACGCCGUUCUACGUCGCCCAGCUGUGGCACCUGAGGGAGUCGCCCAAUCGGCAGGGACUGCUGUUCUUCACGGCCAUCGCCUGGAUCUCCUUCAGCUCCACAGCGUCCAAACCGACUCUGUACUCCGUCUACAAUGCAAACUUCAGGCGCGGCAUGCGGGAGACUUUCUGCAUGUCAUCCAUGAAAUGCUACCGCAGUAACGCAUACACCAUCACCGCCAGCUCCCGCAUGGCCAAAAAGAACUACGUCGGUGUGGUGGACAUUCCGGUGCAGGCCAAGACGGUCACCAAGGACUCGGUCUAUGAUACGUUUGACCGAGAUGCUAGAGAGAAGAAGGUAGCUUGGCCCACAAAUGCCAACCCUCCCAACACCUUUGUGUAAAUGAAACUGAGAACAUUCACCACAAGACUGAAACUUUCUUCUGUAACAGCACAAUGUUGGCAGGUGAGCUAGCUGGAGGCUAACAUGCUUGCUCUGUACUGAAGUUCCCAGAAUGUGUUGAGUUUGUAUUAGGGCUGGACCCGAAUAUCCCGAAUAUCCAAAUAUGCGUUUGCUAAGGCACUAUCCGGAUAUUAAUUUGGUAUCCGAAUAUUCGCGCCCCCCCCCUCCCCCCGCCGUCAGACGUCACCGGGCGGAAAGAAUGUGCAGCGUUACUGUCUUCCCUCCGCCUUCUGCCCACAUCGGCUCAUUUCGUCCUGUGAUCACAUAAACAUAUACACAUAUGUCUAUAACAUAUACACAUAUGUCUAUGUGAUCACUCCCUCCUCCCCCCGGACGAAACUAUUCGGAGCUUGUCUCUUCCCUGCGCCUUCGGCCCAUUUCAACUCAUCCUGCCGUGUUCUUCAGCUCGUUUCGGCUCCUCCAUUCGUGUUUGUAAACACCACCCGAAUGGCCGGGUGGCUGCCGACUCUGAAGCCACGCUUCACUUCAUUGCAUAAACACAAGACAAGAUGUUGAAGACCGGUGUUUGGGAAUUCUUCAGUUUAACUAAAGACUAAAGGAAGGCAAAAUGUGGACCCGGGAGACCAGACGAACGGAUCCGAAUAUUCGGGCCGUCUCCGCUGCCGCCACAUGCACAAACAUCCCCCCCCACUCCCCACCCCCCCACCCCCCCGGGGCGGACGUUACGGGGUGGAACGAAUAUCCGGAUAUUCGUCUUUAAUAGGGCCCGAAUAUUUGGAGGCCAGAAAUCACUAUUCGGGCCAGCCCUAGUUUGUAUAAAGGGCUUUCCUCUGACGUAACAAACCUCCAGCAACCACACCGGAGGCCGUUUUUAUAUUUCAGAUUCUAACCAGAAUUUAUUCUGUGCCGUGUUUGAUGAGUUGUUUUGGAUGCUUGAGAUUUUGUGUUUAAUGUCUGUUUGUUCUGUGGUCUUCUAUCAGAAUCUGUUGUACCUACACCUGGUUCGCUAUAGUAAUGUUUGUGGUAGAAGCUAACAUCAGUAAAGGCUCAUAUGUUACCGCUGAAGUCAUCUGA